AUGGCCUUUGCGACUGCAGUCGCUUCACAGCAAGACCUGGUUCAGGCUUUCAAUCCCGCCGUCAACAUCUCAUCGUGCCAAGCCCUCUCGUGCAGCUCCCGCAACGGCAGCAUCUGCUCAACGGAGAUCUCGCCUGGACCUGAGGCGGGUGUUGGUAUCGCCGCUGAAGUUGUCAUCACCCUUCCCACCAACUUAUCCCUCACCCUUAUCGACGGCCUGAGUGAAAAUGGCUUUACCGGUAUCGGGAGCGAUGCACAUGAGUUCUCGGAUCAACAACUGUUCGUCGGGGUAGACCCGAGUCUGAACGAAGAAGACUACCCUUCAGGCUGCGUCCUGAUGAUGCAGUAUCAAGGACAGACCUUCCCGCUUGAGGCGCUCCCUGAGGAAGGAGUGAGAUCAGAGAGCAGCCAGAAUACGACCUCGUGCGACGGCGUCAUUGAUAUCUUUUGUCAGUCGGCCAUCGUAGAGAUGAUUCAGAGUUUCAACGCCUACGAUGGCGAAACAGACCGAUGCAAAAUUUUGACGCAGCAUGUAAGCUCGAAGCUGCAGGAUAACCCGGGGACGUGUGGUGGCGAGGGAACAUGGAUCGCCAACUUCUUCAAUGUGACAGGGGGUGGUUUGCCCUCUGGAAGCUCGGAGAUUGCCAGCAAUGACAGGCUCGGUGAUGAGGAGUGCAGGCCUGUCCUUCCACAGUCGUAUCGGAUGUAUAAGGUUGCUGAGAUGCGAUCUUUCACUUUUGCGGACGCUCCCGAUUCGGGAUCGGACUUCUAUAGUGACUUGUUCGGAGGCCGCGCCGGGUUCACGCCAGUCGUCACUGUGGUAUUUCCGGAGGACACUACCCAAGACCGAGGGAUUCAGUUUUCCUGUAUGAAGACUCUUCAACGAGAUGGAGAAUUUCGCGAGGGUCCGUUCGAGAGCGGCGCCCACGGCCGACUACACAAUGGAGUUAUGGCACUGGCUUUUUCACUUGGUUUAGGAUUGGUGAUGUGGCUCUAA